UUUUAAACAUGGUGAAAUUGGGAGCUUAGCAAACUGCCAAAAUUCAGAAUCAUUACUGACGGAGGAUUCCGACAACGUUAAAUUGCAAGUUUCGAGAGCACGUCAUUGCUCCGCUCUAUAUCUCUCUCUCUCUCUCCUCAAACAUGACGGUCAUCGGAACACGGAUCGACAGUGACAGGCGCUUGCUCGAGUUUCAAAAUUACGAGGAUUAUCUGGACUCGUUGGUGAGCUCCGCGGACAUAUACUACCUGAAAAGUAGCAAAACCGCGCGUCAAUUAGCCGAGCUCGGCUACCGCUGCACCGGCGAGACCCUGAGCGAGGAGAGCUUUUAUCGUCGCUCACGGAUCGUCCGGAAUCUGCUUUUUCCCGUACACAGACCUUACGUGCUCACGUCGGAGUUCGUAAAGCCCAGCGGUAAGCUAAUGGAAGAGUUAGCUCUGCGCGAACGAUCCAACCGACUGAAUGUUUUGUCGACUGUCAUAUUCCUCCGACAUUUGACGAAGCGCUCGCAGUUCGAGGAGUCCGCUUACAUCGAUUUCGGCGACCGUCUCGAGAAGGAGAACUGGCUGCCGUACUACCGAGGGGAGAGACGAUUGUUGCCGCGCAAACGGGAUCUCGCGUAUUAUCAUUGGAGGCUGGGAAAGGCACGUCUGAACGAGAGCCGCAAUUACCUGCCGAUCGUGGAUCCCGAGCGCGGCCUGUUGCUCAAGAAUAUUCACGACAGACAGAUGAUCAUCGUCGACCCGGCCGUUGCGUCGCCAGGUGUACAUACGACACGAAUACGGAUACACUGUCCAUUUUACGAACACGUGAUAUUAUACGACCAUGUGGUCAGAAGCAAAAUCUCCCACGAGAAUUAGGCGACGGUUUAGAUGCGACAGGACGAUCCGUGCGCAUUUGAUUGGUCUCGUGUCACAGGCAGUUGAAUCGAGUGGACACGGAAGGAACCCACUUACUUCUCU